CACACUGCAGCCAUCUUAAUCACACUCAGUGCAGCUGAAACAGUGCAGUCUCAAAAUGGCUGACGAAAUGUUCUCUGAAACAGUUUAGCUUGGCUGUAUGCUAAUGAGCAAAUCUGAAGUCACAUGUUACAGAUUCAGAGGUUCAAGAUGGAAAGCAAUGAAGAGCCUCAGAAAAAAGUAUUUAAAGCCCGCAAGACCAUGAGAGCAAGUGAUCGACAACAACUUGAGAGUGUGUAUAAGGUGAAGGAGGAACUUUUGAAGACCACUGAUGUUAAGUUGCUAAAUGGGAAACAUGAAAACGGAGAUUCAGAUCUCAAUUCCCCUUUAAUCAGCCCAGACUGCACAGAGGAGAAAGAAGUGAAUGGUAUAGAGGAUAUAUGCCUUGACUCUGAAGAAGGUAAAAUGGACACUGAAGAAACUGCUGAUGCCAAAAGUCUGCAUGUCCCGCAUGUCAACGAGAACCAGGUCAGUGACCUGACUCCUAAACUUGAAGCUGUGUCACCUGAGAACAUUACUCCUGAGCAGGAUCAUGAGAAUGCUAGUAGUACUUCAGACCCUGAUCCUGAAAAUCAGGUGCUUGACGGUAAUGAAGAUAAUGACUUCCAGGAAGAGGUCAGUAUAAAAGAUGGUUUGGACUGUGAAGACACUUGUAUAAAAGAUAAUUUGGACCAGAAAGUCACACCAAAUCAAUCUGAAGAUGAAACUAAAGUGAGCUGUAAUGUUGACUGCUCAGUAGAGCCAGUAGAAACAAAUGAGCUAGCUCUGACUCCUAAUAUGCCUAUGGAAGAAGAAAAAAGUGCUGAGGAGGCUGUUGUAAAUAACAUUGGUGAGGAAGCAAUAUCUAGCAGUAUGGAUACCAACCAGGAUCCAAAAGAUGAAGAUGUCCAAUCUGCAGCUCUUCUAGAAAGUAGCCCUCAAAAAGCACUGGAGGAUGAACCGGUAGAGAGUACCUUGGAAAGUGCAGCCACCAUGGAAACAGAUGAAAUUAUUCCUAUUUUAGAAAAGCUGGCUCCAGCAGAAGAUGAAUUAAGCUGUUUCUCCAAAUCCAUCUUGCUUCCUGUGGAAAAUCCUAACCUAGAUGCAGAAGAUAAAGUGGAAAACAACUUAGGUUCUCCAUCCAAGCAUGAAAGCAGUGAGAGUUUGCCCAAAGAAGCUUUCUUGGUACUUUCUGAUGAAGAGGAACUCUGUUGUGACAAAGAAGCUGAAGUGGAAAUGCAAAACGAUGCAAGUCCUUCAGAAGGUAAAGAGGAGGAAAAAGAAAAAGAACUGGAGAAAAUGGAAGAAAAGGAGCAAGACAAGGAGGAAGAAGAGAAACCUCCAGAAAGAAGUGAAGCAUCAAGAAGAAAGCGUUCCAAGUCGGAGGAUAUGGACAAUGUCCAUUCCAAACGCCGUCGGUAUAUGGGAGAAGAAUAUGAAGCAGAAUUUGAAGUAAAAAUUACAACCAGAGGGGAUGUUAAUCAGAAGCUAGAAAAGGUCAUCCAGAGGUUUCUAGAAGAGAAGUUUAGUGCCCUGCAGUGUGCUGUUUUUGAUAAAACUUUAGCAGAUCUGAAAACCAGAGUAGAUAAGAUUGAAUGUAGCAAGAGACAUAAAACUGUCCUUACCGAACUACAGGCUAAAAUUGCAAGAUUAACAAAACGUUUUGGAGCUGCUAGAGAAGACUCGAAGAAAAAAACAGAAACUCAACAAAACACACCCCAUUCCCCAGGAAAAGCAAUGGGUGACACAGGCGGUAUCAACAUGGCAUAUCGAAAUUCUGGCACAGUGAGACAGAUGCUGGAGUCCAAGAGAAAUGUAGGAGAUAGCACACCAACUACUUUUCAGCCCCCUGCAAAUACAGUGUCUGCUGCUACUUUUACUACUCCUCAGACACCAGUCAGUGGACAUCCCAAACCCCAGACUCCAGUCACCUCUGCGCCUUUGACUUCUGGCUCCUUGACAACCUCUGUCCUUCCUACAGCGAAUACCACAACAGUAGUUGGCACUAGCCAGGUGGCUGGUGGCAACACACAGCCAAUGUCUGUUUCAUUGCAAUCUCUGCCAGUAAUAUUGCAUGUACCUGUCGCGAUGUCCUCCCAGCCUCAGCUCCUGCAAGGCCACACUGGUACCUUGGUUACUAACCAGCAAUCUGGCAAUGUUGAAUUUAUACCUGUACAAAGCCAAUCUAAUGUUGGCAACCUGACCAAAACCCCAUUGUCUUUAUCAUCGGCUACUUCAGCAAAACCAAACAACAGCCCUUCUAUACCCAACGCUAGCAUUCAGAGGAACUCUCCAGCCAGUGCUGGCUGCUCAAUAGGGACAACUUUGGCAGUACAGGCUGUUUCAACAGCACAUCCUGUUGCACAAGCCACAAGGACUACUUUGGCCACUGUGAGUACAUCAGGAGUAUAUACUCCUCCCAGCAAUAGGAAUUCCAUACAAAUGAAGAUCCCCCUGUCAGCCUUCAGCAGUACAGCUCCUUCUGAUACAAGCACCACAGCAGCACUUAGAGUUGAGAGUCAAACAUCCAGAUUGUUGCCACCUCCACUGCCACCAACAGAUAUUUUAGCAAACAAGAAAACAUCUGAGGUGACAUCACAGAGUGGAAAGGCCACAGGAGGUACUGCAGGAGUAAUUGAUCUCACUCUAGAUGAUGAAGAUGAUGGUUCUUCUCAUGCAGAUGGCAAGAAGCAGAACCAAUCAAACGUGUCUGGAAUGGGCCUGUCUGCCCAGUCGAUAGCUCGUCCUUUGCAGCCAGUACAGUCAAGCCCUCUCCAACAGGCAGCUGCACCAACAAGUGGCCUAUCACAGACCACCAUACACGUUCUCCCCACAGCCCAGACAACUGUGAAUGUAACCCAUCGUCCAGUGACUCAGGCUGCUGCAAGGCUCCCCAUACCAAGAGCCCCUGCGAAUCAUCAAGUGGUCUAUACUACUCUUCCUGCAUCAUCGGGACAAAAUCCUGUACGAACCACUGUCAUGCAGAACCCUAGUUUGAGACAGGUCAACCCACAAAAUUCAGGUGUGACUGUGCGAAUGCCUCAAACAACUGCAUAUGUUGUAAACAAUGGACUCACCUUGGGAUCUGGAGGGCCUCAGCUCACAGUUCAUCACCGGCCACCUCAAGUGCAUUCAGAGCCCUUGCGGCCUGUGCACCCAGCCCCACUGCCAGAUGCCCCACAGCCAUCACGCUUGCCUCCCGAAGCUGCCAAUACCUCUCUGCCUCAGAAGCCACAUCUGAAGUUAGCACGUGUGCAAAGCCAGAAUGGCAUCGUGCUCUCCUGGAGCGUUUUGGAAGUGGACCGGAGUUGUGCCAGCGUCGAUAGCUAUCAUCUAUAUGCAUACCAUGAGGACCCCAGUGCCACUGUACCCUCCCAAUGGAAAAAGAUUGGGGAAGUGAAGGCCCUCCCUCUGCCUAUGGCAUGCACGCUUACUCAGUUUGUGUCUGGCAGCAAAUACUAUUUUGCAGUUCGUGCAAAGGACAUCUAUGGACGCUUUGGACCCUUCUGUGACCCCCAGUCGACAGAUGUGAUUGCUUCCCAGAGCAGUUAAACUAGGGACUUGAAAGGCUUCCAUUCUUGCCCCACAGUUGCAGCUUACUCUGGUUUGGGGUUUAUUCUCAUGCAUGAAACUCACUGUAGAAUUCCCUCUGCAGGAUUAUUUUGGACAGCUCUGUCGUACACUACAUGAACUCAUAACCAAAACCAAAAUAAAUUCCUAGCCUGCAGUGGGAGAGCCUGUAUUUCUGAAUAAAUCUUGAACUACAAAAUCCUUCUCUUCUUCCCUCACUAGCUGCUGUAUCUGUUAAGCAGUAAGACCCCGAGUCAUGGCUUCAUACUGAUGUGUCUCAGUGGGUUGAACAGGAAUAUCAAACACUGGCACAAGGGCAGGAGAAGUGGUCAGGUUAGGAGGGAAGCCAGGAUUCAGGGUCUUGCUUUCUUUUGUAUUGGAACAGCGACUAGUCUUACCUUACAAGGCAUCGUCUGCUUUCUGGAAGACAAAGGACCUUGUGUAUGGCCAGUUCCUGAGGAAUGUAUAUGCAUCUACUUGUUGAGGUGGGGGUAGAAGGGAGAGGAGCCCUCUGACUAGCCUACAGAGUGCUUGCCACCAGAACCAGAGAACAUUCUGAAAUCAGGCUGAAAGCAGGUUUGUUGAAAACUUCAUUUGCAUUUCCAGUAGCUUCCUGAUCCCCCUCUUAUAUAUGUCCUCUUUUUAAAACAUUUAAUUUGUGCCUUAAACAGUAAUUUCAGAAAUAAAUGCAGCCACAUUUUCUGUGUUUUCCUCCUCCUUUCCCCCUCCCCCAAUUUUUGUACUCUUCCUAGCCCCAGAACAUUAUAACCUUCCCUUGUAUUGUAGCACCCAGCUCCCCCUGCAUUGGUUAAUUUCUACUUGAGAUCACUCAGAACAACAUUUUAACUGGCUGGUUCUGUUAACCUCUGAAGAUGGGGACAUUAUUGGCCCUCUAGCUGUUUUUGGACAACAACUUCUAUUACCCCCAGCCACACUGGCCAAUAGUUAAGAAUGAUGGGUGUUGUAGACCAACAUCUGCAAGAGGGCUGAAGCUGUACAGCCCUGGGCUACAUCAUGUUUUUCUCAAGAAAUUGGUGUGCAAUAUGGGUAGGCCAGAAGAAAUCUGUGUGGCAGAACACGCCUAAAUUCUCUUCACACACAUUUGGGUUGCUGUACUGAGCCAACUUGAUAACUGCUAUCAUCAAGGAACUUUAAUUAAAUCUUAUAAUACAACAUUUCAGUGAGCUAAGUCAAGGCAACAGAACAGUACCUCCACUUUUUCUAUCCCAUCUCAUGCCCAUAACAAACAUAUUUAAACCACAACUGAUAUGGACAUCAAAGAAGGCUGUACCAUGUGGUCUUCCAGAGGAAAGCAACACAUCUAUUGUCUUCCUGGUUUAUCAACUCCAGUUGAGAGGUAACUCUUCCCACAUCAUUUUCUGGCCCAGGGUUUAGUUCUUUUAUAAUGUCUUAUUUUGACACGGAUAGUUGAAACUAAAGUUCAAAGUGGGGAAAGCCUAAAACUGGGACUACGUUGAUAUUGUGUAUUUUGGGAAGUCAGGGUCUUAAUUCUGUUUCUGUGAGAACAUAUAUAUGGAGUCAAGUACCUUGUGUUUUUACAUAUGGUACACUUUGUGUCCUCAUCUCUUUUACAGUCCUCUCUAUGGAGUUCCUUUUGAGUGGCAUGGAACCCUCUUUCUUCCUAUAGAUCUUUGGCUAAAUCUCUCUAGUGGCUCUAGUUAAGAAUUAUCUUUUGAAAUGGGUGAAUUUUGUUGUUUGUGAGAAAUGUCUCCACCUCAAGCAGACAGUUAAAACUCAGUUUGUUUGGCAAUGGUGCUAUUACUUACAAAAAUUAGACUGCUUGGUUUGUCUGUUUUCUGGCAAUGUGACUAAUUAUCUUUCUGGAGUUACCACUUCUGGGAUAAUUUUUUUCUCAGUUUGGGGCGUGUUUGGGCUGCCUCUUAUUUUAAUGAGUAAUACGGGGGCGGGGGAAUCAGCUGGCAUUGGACGAGUACCAAACAUCUAUGGAGAGAGCAUUUCCUUACAAAAAUUGUUUAAAGGGAGGAAAAUUAAGAACUAGGAGCAUAUCGCUGAACUGUGUGACUUCAGCAAUCCCAAUUGUACGUAACCAAAGAGGUAGUUCAAGAUCUGAUUUGGGUCUUGCAGGAGAAAGUGACACACACACACACACACACCCUCUUUCCACCUUAUUGUACUUGGGCAGCAAAGUCAAGGGAGAGUGUAACACUCCUUUCUUGGUUGGAGGUACCUGGGACAUGCAUUCUAAACAAAGGCACCCAGAGAUGGUACCUGAAUAUGUCACCAAAAUAGAUGUAAAUCCCCUAUAUGUAGACAGAAAAUGUGUGAAUCCUGGCCUAGAAAAACUACACCGACAUGCUUUGUACGUUCUUCCCCUUAUUAUAGAGAUACAGCAGACAUUGGCAACUAAACCUUUUUUACAAGUUACUUACUAUUCUUCUGACUGUGUUCCACUUUGAACCAAAUAAAUAUAUGACAGAUGCCAACUACAGGUUUUGAUAAAUUGGAUCCAAUGCAUAUUUCACAACACAAACUUCUGAUUUGUGGACUGAAACUAGCACUGAGGCUGUCAGUUUUUAAAAAUCCCUACUUUCUGAUGCAGAAUAAAUUUGGGUAAUUAUGCAGGGCAACACAGAGAGUAAGGCAGCCUCUGAAUAUGUGGUUGGCAGGAGCUCAUAGUUUGGGACCGUAUGGCCUUGUGUUUGGUACCGUGUUUCUUUGGCUUUAUUCCAAAGAAGAAAACGGGUCUGAGAAAUAUAGGUCUGAGAAAUUGCUUGUAACAGAUUUUGGAGGAUAACACUUCCUUUCUAUCAAAGUAUUAUAAGCUAAACUGGAUUGCACAAUACCAAGCUACAAAGUCAUUGGAUUUUUACUCUGCUGUGCUUAUUGUGAAAUUAUGUGCCCCAGUCAGCACUGUGCACUCAUUAUAGAUUGGGCAAAGGAGAUCUUUCCUAUGAAUCUUAAAGAAGAGAGGACAGGCAGGGAUUUUAGUCUCCACAUUGUACUGUCAGUAUUUUUUCACCAUGCUUUCCUUACUGCAGUAUAUGGCUGGCCCAUGCUUGAACAUUCUGUUUUUCUACUGCUAUUAAAUGUGAAUGUUUUUCAUCUGUAUUUCAGCAAUGCUCUGUUCUUUUGUCUUUCAAUACUUGAGAAUCGAUCUGUAAUGACAGAGAAACACGUUUCAUUCCAGAGGAAAGGACUAGUGAAAUGUUUUCACAGUUCAAACAUGAAAAAGUGGUAGGACAAUUGCUGCUAAAUUUUAUGUGAGUCCCUUAGGUUAACUUGCUUGUGUAUCUCCCAUUUUGUUCCUCAGCUAGAAAGCCUUUCCAGUUAAGAUUGAUUGGAAACUUGGAGGUAAAGAGAGAUGCAUGCUCUGUACGUUGGCACUUUAAUGGGAAGAGAUGAGGUGCUUGAGCAAAUGUUCUAAGAGCUCUGAACAUACAUACAAGAAGUACAAGCAGUGUGUUUCAAGGACCAUUGGAGCAAGAAGUCUAGCUCCAGGCAGAAUGUUGAGCAUAUUGGGGAAAUUACUGUGCCUCUUCAGUGUAUGCAUUGAACACAAAGGACUCAAGGAAAACUGUGGUAAAGCUAUUGACAUCUGUGGAAGCAAGAGGGAAGUUACUGGAAGUAGAACACAAUUGUUGUACUGCAGUAAAUCAUGUCACUUCACCCUUUCACUUCAGGCAAUUUGUCUUAAGUGGUCUGUGACCUAGAAUCCACAUUACAUACAGGGUCAGAUAGUGUGUAAGCAGCUUUAUCCCUCAUUCCUUGAAUAGCCACAUCACAGUAUUAGCUAGGAGAACUGCAAAUGCAGUGCAAAAACCAAGUUGGGAUGAUGCCUUCUUUUAACUCCUUUAGUAUUUUCAUUCAGUCAACAGCAAGAAUAUCCAGAUUUUUUUAAAAAGAAAAGAAAAAAAAGAUAUAUUCAAGAUUUUGGGGGGUGUUCUUUUUUGUGUUACUGGGGCAAGAACUGGGUACCAAUGUUUUGACAACACACAGGAGGACCUUCUAGUAUUGCCACAAAGAAAGUACCCAUCCUUUCUGUAAACUGUUAAUGUUGAGGAGAGUAAAAUGUACAAGUAGACAAGAUUACAAAUUAAAAUGUGUUCUUUUUAUCAUUGGAUCUAAUCAAUAUUCUAAAGCACAUUUUUGGUUCUCAUCUUAAUGUGCUGGCUUUUCCUGUUUGAAAGUAUAUUUUAAGCGCUGUCUUAAAAUAAAAGUUUUAUCUGUAAAUAAAGUAACUGGACAGCCAAUCCUUGGGGUACUUGUUGGACUUGAGUAACUUACCAGCCACUGGCAAAUAAACUCCUACAAAACCCUUUAUACAAACUUUGCACUCUGAUUUUUUUCUUCUUCUGCAGAUGAACGUGUAAAUAAAGAUAAUGUAAGAUGUACCAAAAAGUCCAGUUUAAGCAGGGCAAUGGCAAGUUCCCCCCAAUUUUUGUAUGCAUUAGAUUAGUGUCUGUAUACGUGUUAAUUGUAGUGGGGUUUUGUCUGACAAGCCUGAGAUUUAUACUUUGAAAUAAACUACUGGGUUUUUAA